UCCUCCACAUUUAGGCUGCAGGCUACUGUGAAGCGAAUCGCUGCCCAGCCAGUCCAACCCACCCCUGGCUUUCGUGGCGCUAGUUCCCAGUCGCGUUCGAGAUCGCAAACCCCAUCGCGCGCGCACUGCCUCCCUCUCUGACGUGGUUGCCAACGGAGCAAUUAGACCCAGUCGCUCUUUCUAAACCUAGUAAUUACGACGCGAUCCAGAAACAGCUAAAAAUCAUGUCGUCGGCCUCUCCUUCGAAGGAACCUGAAGUGGAUCCUGAAAUUCAAUCGGGUGAAGAGCAAGACAUGGACAAGGACCAGCUAGAACAUGGACAGGGUCAGGGUGAAUUCGAGGUGAAGGAGCAGGACAGAUGGCUCCCAAUUGCCAAUGUGGCCCGCAUCAUGAAGCUGGCGUUGCCAGACAAUGCAAAGAUCGCCAAGGAAGCGAAGGAAUGCAUGCAGGAAUGCGUGAGCGAGUUUAUCUCGUUCAUCACGAGCGAAGCUUCCGAAAAAUGCCAGCAGGAGAAGCGCAAGACCGUCAACGGUGAAGAUAUUCUGUUCGCCAUGACGUCCCUGGGUUUUGAGAACUACGCCGAGGCGCUCAAGAUCUAUUUGUCGAAAUAUCGCGAGACCCAGUCCGCCAGGGGCGAACACCAAAACCGGCCAACUAGCAGUGGGUAUGCUUCUGGAGAUCCUGCCACAGGCGCACGUCCGGGUACCGCUGGUGCUCUGGGGGGAUUUCCCGGCGCUGAUAAUGCCAGCAGUGUCAUGAACCCGAACCUCGAUCCGUCUGAACAGGAGACUGCCGCCUAUGGUUACCCGCCUAUGGUCGGACAGCCGCACAACGGAACCGGUGGCGAAUCCUACUAAUGCAACUUGUCUGGGGAGUCAUCCGGGAGAUCGUCUGGAACAAGCUGCGGUUUGAUGUUUCGACACAGGCUAAGAAGGCAGACCGGAUUGU